CACCAGUAGCUUCCCCCGUCACCCCUGUGUCCACUGCUUAAAUACGGACAAGACCAAGGCUCUGUCUCCUCUGCCUUGGUCUCCAGCGCCAGCCCGGGGACAGGAAAUCAAUCAACAAUGACAUCUUCUGUCUCAUGGGGCCUCCUCCUGCUGGCAGGCCUGUGUCUCUGGGCUCCCAGCUUCCUAGCUCAGGAUCCCCAGGGGGACACUUCCCAGGAUACAUCCAAACAUGAGCAUAACCUCCCAGCCUGCCACCAGAUUGCUCCCAACCUGGCAGAGUUCGCCUUGAGCCUGUACCGCCAUUUGGCCCAUCAGUCCAACACCACCAACAUCUUCUUCUCCCCAAUGAGUGUUGCUACAGCCUUUGCCAUGCUCUCUCUGGGAGCCAAGGCUGACACUCACACCCAGAUGCUGGAGGGCCUGCAUUUCAACCUCACAACAACACAUGAGGAUGAGAUCCAUGAAGGCUUCCGGGAACUCCUCCAUACCCUCAACCAGCCAGACAACCAGCUCCAGCUGACCACCGGCAAUGGUCUAUUCAUCAGCCAGGGUCUGAAGCUAGUGGCAAAGUUUUUGGAGGAUGUCAAAAAGAUGUACCACUCAGAAGCCUUCUCAGUCAAUUUCCAAGACACUGAAGAGGCCAAGAAACAGAUCAACAGUUAUGUGGAGAAGGGUACCCAAGGAAAAAUUGUGGAUUUGGUCAAAGAACUUGACAAAGACACAGCUUUGGCCCUGGUGAAUUACAUUUUCUUUAAAGGCAAAUGGGAGAAACCCUUCGAAGCUGAGCUCACCACAGAAGAGGACUUCCAUGUGGAUGAGACGACAACAGUGAAGGUGCCCAUGAUGAAUCGCCUGGGCAUGUUUAACACCCACUACUGUGAGAUGCUCUCCAGCUGGGUGCUGAUGAUGGACUACGUGGGCAAUGCCACCGCCAUCUUCUUCUUGCCCGAUGAGGGGAAAUUACAGCACCUGGAAGACAAACUCACCAAGGAAGUUGUGACCAAGUUCCUGGACAACAGACAAAGAAGGUCUGCCAAUGUAUAUCUCCCCAAACUGUCCAUUUCUGGAACCUACGAUAUGAAGAAAGUACUGAGUGAACUGGGCAUGACUAAGCUCUUCAGCAAUGGGGCUGACCUUUCAGGGGUCACUGAGGAGGUACCCCUGAAGCUCUCCAAGGCUGUACAUAAGGCUGUACUGACCCUCGACGAGAAAGGGACAGAAGCUGCUGGGGCCACAUUUAUGGAAGCUAUACCUAUGUCCAUUCCCCCUGAUGUCAAGUUAAACAGGCCCUUUGUCUUCUUGAUUUAUUAUGAAAUCACCAAGAGUCCCCUCUUUGUGGGAAAAAUAGUAAAUCCCACCCAAAAAUAACUGCAUCUCUGGCUUCAGCCUCUCCUUUCCAGGCCAGGCCAGGGCAGGCCCCUGCCUCGACGACAUUAAAGAAGGGCUGAGUUGGCCGACCUGUGUGUGACUGAAAA